AUGGCUGAGAUUUUUGAUGCCCAUUUGGAGGAAUUUUAUGAAUAUCAAAGAAAUGAGGGUAAUAACAGAAGUCUUGGAUUAUUUGCAUAUUAUGAGGAAGGAGGUACAAAAACAAGCCUUGAAAAUGCUGUAGUACUGAAGAGUGAAAAAGUUGAUCUUUCUCAACUGCGUUCUUUUGAACAAAUAAGGGUAGCAGCGUCCAAUCCAGAAAUGGUUUUACAGCUUGAAAAUCUACUUUUGAAAUGGCACAAUCAAUUAGAACUGGUGCUGGCACAAAGUAAUCAAGUGAGGAAAGAAGCUGAAGGUUCAGGUCCACUCACUGAACUCGAAUACUGGAAAUGCACAUCAGCUCAAUUCAAUUCCAUCAUAGAAGAACUUAAAGGACAACAUUGCAAGGCAGUAAUCAAUGUGUUAAAUAUAAGUCAAUCAAAACUGAUAAAGAUGUGGCAAGGGAUUGAUUCUGAAAUCACCGAUGCAGCUAAUGCAGCAAAAGACAAUGUGAAGUUUCUGCAGGCAUUGGAGCAAGUCUGUCAGCCACUCUACAAUUCUGAUCCAGUCACAAAUCAAAUGGUUACUGCCUGCAAGGCAUAUAUCACACAAGAUGGGACAGUUCGUGUGUGGGAUCAGGAUUAUGAAACUGUUAUUAACAAAAUGCAGGAAUGUAAAAAAUUAUUGGUGGAGUAUCGCAGAUAUUUCCAGAAUACAAAGAAACAUGCAACUGAAACAGCACAGGAUAAUCCUUUUGAUUUGUCAGAAAUGUAUAUAUUUGGUAAACUGGAGGUCUUCUGUAAAAGGAUGGCAAAGAUCACUGCAAUGGUUAACACAGUGAAGACCUUUUCAGCAUUGCAACAUUCCACAAUUGAAGGAAUAGAGAUCCUGGCAAUUAAAUUCCACAAUAUUUGUUUGAAUCUGAAGAAGAGCCAUUAUGACAUUCUGGAUCCUCGUAAAAAGGAGUUUAAUGCAGACCAUGCGGUAUUUAUGAAACAGAUAUCUGAUUUAGAGAGCCUGAUUGAUGAUUUCAUGGACAGCUGUUUUGCUAAGAUUAUUUCUUCACAACAGGCUUUACAUCUUUUGAAGCGAUUUCAGAAUUUAAACAUGCCUUCUCUUGAGUCAGAACUUGAUGUUACAAUUGAACGUAUUAUUCAUCACUACUCAGGAGAACUGAUGUUCAUAAAAAAGCAUUAUCAGGAGAAGAAGGAGGAUCCUCCACUUGCUAGAAACAUGCCUCCUUUAGCUGGAAAAAUACUAUGGGCAAGACAGCUCUUCCAACGUUUACACGAGCCCAUUGACUAUUUCUAUAAAAAUUCGGACAUUCUUAAAAGCCCGCGGGGCAAGUCUACUGUGCGAAAAUACAACAAAAUUGCUUACGUUUUGGUAAAGUUUGAAAUGCUGUAUUAUAAGGCUUGGAAGAAAGAAAUUUUAACCAUGCAGUAUGUGCUGCAAACACCUCUUUUGGUACGCGAUCCAGAGACUGGAAAAAUGAGUAUGAACUUUGAUCAUAGAAUUACUGAAGUUCUCCGAGAGGCUAAAUGCAUGUUAAAGAUGGGCCUGGAAGUGCCAGAGAUCGCUAAAAGGUUGCUGAAGAACGAGAAUACAUUGAUAGCCAACUAUAAUUCUUUGGAGUACAUUCUUCAAAAAUUUGAGUAUGUGUGUCAAGGAACUCCUCCUGAAUUUUUGAAGUUGAUUGCACCUAAAAUUAAAAAGAUUGAGUCUAUUCUGAGACAAGGAAUCACUGUACUGAACUGGUCAUCUGUGACACUCAAAAAAUUUUUCUCUGAUGCAAAUACAGCUAUAGAUGAAUUAGUCAUGUUUUUAAAGACUCUAGCUGAUUUGUGGGAGACACAAAUAAAUGGUGAAUUGGCUGAAAUAGCAUCAAAAAUAAUUAUCCAUCUACCAGAAGAUUAUACACUGACAAUGGAAGACAUGCUUCAGUAUAAUGAGGUCUGCUGCAAAGAAUGGACAGUGAUUUUGUUUCCAAAAGGCAAUAGCAUAGAAAAAACUGUGAACAAAUUGGUGGAAUUAUUUACAGAAAUCUCCGACAGAGCUAGAAGAAGUAUAACACCUGAAAAUCAACCAGUUUUCCUUAACACAGAGCGUAGACGAGUUGUAUUUACAGAAGAACCUGAAGAAGAAAAAAUAACUUCCUAUUCUUCUUUUGGAGAUGAUGUUCUGAGCCAUAGGGAUGAUGACUUUGAAAAGGAUGUUACAGAACUUUAUGCACAUUUUAGCCGUCAGUUGCUGGAUGCUUUAGUGAAAUCUACACAUCUGUCUUUAGAAAUAAUCAAAAGAAGAAUCUUCAACACCUAUGGUAGAAGAGGACAAUAUGGCUACUUAAACAAUGUUGAAGAAUUUGCCCCCUUUUUGAAGGUUGAGGUUCACUUGGCAAUUCCAAAUGUGAUUUUGGUACCGAAUCUGGAUGAAAUUCAGUAUGGUAUCAAGAGAACAAUCCAGAUGAUUUUGGAAGUGAACCGUAAAGUGCAUCAGUGGAGGCAGUCAAAAUAUCAUCAUGAUGGUACUUAUGAUACAUUGAAGAUGGCAGAAACAAAUGAAAUCAAGAGUUUAAGGAAGCCAAAGAAUUUUUAUCACAGUGUGGCAGAACAUAAAGAUGUGACCAAAUUAGUUGUUAUGUUGUCUGCUUCUGUAGACAUUAUAAAAAAAGCAAUUAUGAGUAUACAAGAAAGGUUUCAAAAAUUCAAUAAACUGUGGUUGCAAGACAGAGAUCCGACAGUUAAGAAAUUUAUGGAAGGCAACCCCAGUCUGUAUGAACUACGGACAAAAAUAGAGUACUAUGCCGCUCUUCAACAAGAUAUUGAAGAAAUCAAUUCCACAAUUACAAAAUUAGAAACAAUGGAAUAUGAUGAGCUUAGCAAGGAAGAUACAACUUUAAUAACUGAAGUCACAGAGAAAUUAGAAAAUACAAUAUAA